AUGCCGCCCUCGGGAUCGCAGUCCCACCACAGGAAGACGCUCGCCGUCAAACGCGUGGACGGCGAGCCACUCACCCGCGUCGACCUCCAAUAUGACAUGCUCUACCAUAUCUUCGCGGACAAGCACGCAGUCUUCUCCGACCCGUACACCACAAUACGCGGCGAUCCCGCCGGUACAAGGGUCACCUUCCGCGACCUCUACGUGAACGCCCUCAUCCACUCCCCUCGCUGCUCCAAGGCGUCUCGAGACAAAAUCAGAGAGUCACCCGAAUUUGGCAACGAGUUCGCCAUGAUCUCCCUUCUCUCGAACGUCGGCAGAAUUAACACUACCAUGGCCUUUUUUCCCGAGAUGAAGACCGCUCUCAGGACAUACCAUCCCGUGCCUGCUCUACAACGCACGAACGGCAACCUCCAGGACGCGCCUCGAAUCAAGAACAUAUUGAAGACGUGCUUUCUGCAAGAGGAGGCCCAAGGUACGGUAUCCACACCAGCAGAUGUCCUCGCGCGAUCUCGGACCGGAACCGUCCCGCCCACCAGCAUUGUCAAUCUCAUCUUCAUCUUCGCCAACCACGCGACGGCCAUUGCACGGACCCAUUUCGAGCCCAGAGCGACCGCGGACUUCCUAGACCUGUUCACACCCGUGCACAUAUCCUCGGAGUCUAGAGCUCGGGCGUUCCUAUGGCUCUGUUAUCACUACCACGAAGCGCCCUCCGACAACCCAUACGCCGACGGGCACGCUGGCGGCAAUGACGAGCGCGCCCCGCUGCUCAUAAAUUUGACGCCACAUGCCGCUGCAUACGAGAACGUUGACACUCCAGAGGAAAACCAACGUGGCUUGGACAUGACUGACAUCCGGCGGCGUUUUCUCGAGACGAAGGCUAGAGGCGAAGACUUCGGCACUCAUCAAGAACCGGAAUAUCCGCCCCAUCAGCGCUUCAUCGUCGGGGGACGCGGCAAAGGCAAGGGUAGGGCACCCGCAGAGACCCUCAAAACGAGGGAGACUUCUCCCGCGGACAGUCAAUAUUCUGUUCCGUACUCGCUUAACGUCAGAGAAGAAGACAUGCUAGAAGGUCCUGGGCGACCGCCAGCUCGCCGCCUCUCGUCCCCUGCUCUGGAGUACGUGCCUGGGCAUCGGGCGCCGACGCCCCCAUAUCGACAGCGUCCGUACCGCCUAAACUCCUCUGAGAUGGAUAUCCUCCCCCGUGUUGCUGCGGAUCCGUACCCUCGUCGGCCGCCGAGCCCAGGAAUCGACGCCUUGCAGCACAGUAACGGCAAGCCUACACGUAUCCACUCACGGAAGCCGCGUGAACACUCUUCUCGGCACACGCCCUUCCAAGUCCAAGAACCAUUACACCGGUCUUCUGGGCUUCCUUUAUACGGACGGCCGACGUAUUCCAUCCCGAGGUAUGACCCAGCGCCCCCCGAGUGCCUCAUCCCUGAACAACAGCGCUCCACAGAGGCUUGGCACGUAUCGAUGAACACGGACCCGUUGCUCGAUUCGGACGACGAGGCGUAUGCGGAUGAGAACACCAGGCUAGACUACGUCCUGCGGCUGCGUAUAAUCAGCCGUCUUCGCGGCAAGGACCCCACGCCGCCGCGGGAACUGGGGCCAUACAGCGUUAAUCCGCCCAAUCCGCCGUUCGUUGCUUACGGAGCGCGAUGA